GAGGGAGAGAGAGAGAAGAAAAAUGGCCCCAGCAAGCUUGCUGGAUUGGUCAGAGCCGCGGCAGCAGUGGCGUUAUCCCAAGGGGAUGACGGUAACCACUAGGAUACAUAACUCUCAAACAAUUAAGAUGCAAAGCACGAUAGAUCUGAACGACAAGGAGGCGGACACAGCAUACAAAAAGAUUUGCAAGUUUCUUAGAAGACUCAAGUCCAAGAAAUGCAAGGAUGGCAACAAGGCAACGACAGUGGUAGCGACACCUGGCGCUGGCCCGGAUCGUCCUCAAGAAAUUUCCUACACCGACACCAAGAUUAUCGGCAAUGGCAGCUUCGGUGUUGUCUACCAAGCCAAGCUUUGUGAAACCAAUGAGACCAUCGCGAUCAAGAAAGUCUUGCAGGACAAGCGGUUUAAGAACAGAGAAUUGCAAAUAAUGCGACGCCUCGAACAUUGCAACAUCGUCAAACUAAAGUAUUUCUUUUACUCUAGUGGUGAUAAGAAGGAUGAAGUUUAUCUCAAUCUAGUUCUGGAAUACGUCCCCGAAACCGUGUAUAAAGUUGCUCGACACUACAGCAAGAGCAAGCAAACGAUACCAAUCAGCUUCAUUAAGCUAUACAUGUACCAGCUUUUCCGAUCACUGGCAUAUAUCCACUCGUUAGGGAUUUGUCACAGAGACAUAAAGCCGCAAAAUCUACUUCUCGACCCGGAGACUGGGAUACUGAAGCUGUGCGAUUUCGGCUCGGCUAAACACCUCGUCAAAGGCGAGCCAAAUGUCGCUUAUAUAUGCAGCCGCUAUUAUCGUGCCCCCGAACUCAUCUUUGGCGCUAUUGAUUACACCACGAAAAUUGAUGUAUGGAGCGCCGGCUGCGUUCUGGCAGAACUUCUCCUAGGACAGCCUAUUUUUCCUGGGGAUAGUGGUGUGGAUCAAUUAGUCGAGAUAAUCAAGGUUCUCGGUACACCGACACGUGAACAGAUUCGCGAAAUGAAUCCUAACUACACCGAAUUCAAAUUCCCACAAAUUAGGUCUCAUCCUUGGCAAAAGGUAUUCAGGGCGCGCACGCCCCCGGAAGCGAUGGACCUCGUGGCGAAGCUCCUGGAGUACACGCCGUCGCAGCGCGCGACGCCCCUCGGUGCCUGCGUCCACAAUUUCUUCGACGAGCUGCGCGAACCCGGCAUGAGGCUGCCCAACGGACGGGAGCUGCCGCCCCUUUUCAAUUUCACCGAGCACGAGCUGAGGAUCCAACCGAUCUUCAAUAACAUGCUUCGGCCCAAGUACAGCCAGCAGUCGGGUAAAGGCGCCCAAUCAACUUCGGCGACGAGCGCCACCGGGACCGACGUUAACCCCGCGAGCGGACUCGCGGUCCCCGGGACCCAGCAGGCCACGGGCAGUAGCGUCGGUGAGGAGGCCGAGGCGCAGGUCAGCGCUGCCCAACUACCCGACGCCCAGCAGAGCGCCGACUCCAGCCAAUCGAACAUGGCUUAGAACGGGUUUGUGCUUUAUGGAGAAUCGGCUUCUUUUUCUCGUCUUUCUUUCUAUUUGAUUCUUAAUUCAUUUUAUUUUUAAA